AACAUUUCUGACAAACAAUCCACCUAGUAGCUGGACCUAUGUCCAGCGGGCUGUGUCUCCAGCUCUCGUCCCCCCAUUCACUGGUGUCCUGUCAUCCUUGCGGUGACAGGUGCGUCUACUUCCAAAGACAUAGAUAUUCCUGUUUCGUAUCCUUCACUAUAGUGAGGUUCCCGUGCACAUCUCUUUUGAAGUCGGUUCACCUGCACAUUUCUUCAGCGCCGACAGGUGCCCACCGAGAGUGGGGUUUUCUAGCAAACACCGUUUGUGUGUCUCUGGUGUCUCCUGGUCUCCACCAAGCGAGAUCCAUUGGCAAUAAGACGACGCAUCUUUUUUAUGAUAAGAUUUAUGCUUUCUUGAUUCAUAUUGCUUCUAAAAGGCCAGGUUCUUCCACUAUUCGUCUGUUUCACCUCCGCCGUUUAGGCAUCGGUGACCACUGCUGCCACAUGCGAUGCACAAGCCGCACACGCGUAUAUGGCUACCAAAUAUGUUGUUGCCCUGAUGGCUGACAGUUUUUCCCUCUGGGCUAUCUCUAUUUGGCGUUUAAUGGGUCGUUCUUUCGCUCGGUGCUUGCCGACCGUCGGAGCUGUCUUCUUCAUUGUUUUUCCUCUCCUUGUCGACUCUCAUUUUCUCUCUGUCUUCUGGCCCUGCAGCAACCCUGCCGCUUCUCGACCGUGUCCGCGGACCUUGACCAGGUCCUUCACAGCAAUCGAGCGAAAUGUUCCGCUCCACCGUCUACGUGAUUCCUCUUCUGAACAAAAACAAGCUUUUGGAUCAAAGCCGUUUUUCCCUUUUCCACGGCGGCCUCCGACUCCGGACACACCGCUGUCCCAGGUCGACGCUGGGUGUGUCAGAUUCGUCUGGUCUUAGCCCUGCGGGUGUUGCCCCGAAUCUAGGUCUUGCCUCUGCUUGCCGUUCAGCUUCUCCUUUAUGUGUCACUCCUGUCUCUCCAGCUUUUUCGUCCUCUCUCCUCCCAUGGUCAUAUAAUCCCUCUCCACUUUCAUGCCUUUCUGCGUUGGAAAGAGCGUUAGGCGGACGACAGUCCGCUGUACCCCCGGAGGCACUGUCCAGCGCGGAAGACUGCGAGGGCGAGAGCCAGAAGCGAGAAACGCGAACAGGUCCUGUCGCGGUUUCACAUCAUUCAAAGUGGAAGGGAGUCCGCAAUGUGGCCUCACAAAAGCGACGCAGAAAAUGGAAAGAGCAUGAUGAGAGCCCGGCAGAAUUUCUAGCCGCCCUCUCGGGCUUCCCGGUCUCUUCCCCUAUGCCCUCUUCACGACUACAAACCCGCCUGUCGUCACUAGCUUCUACAUCUCUAUCUAGCCUUAGGGGAAUCUCGAAAAUUCGUUUAAAGACCCUGGAGGACUUGGCGAACUUGCGUUCCUGUUUCGACCUUCUUCUCUUCCUCCCGCUCCAGUACGUCGAGCUUCAAACGCGGACCGCCGUUCCUCAUGACUCGGAGAAGUUCUCUGAACAGAAGGGUGAGUUUGGAACAACCGUAGCAGAUUCUGGAAAGGUUCUAGCCGAGGGGCGAAAUGACAGAGCUAGUGAAGAGGACAAACCGUUGGCAAACGCAACACGAAAGGAGCAACAGGUGGGGCUCCCACCCAAUGUGGUGCGUGCUGCAUAUUAUCGCUCCGAUUCCAGCAACACCGGUGAAGUAGAAGAUGACAAGUCAGAAGCCAAUUUGUCAGGCUGGACACUACAGUCAGGGGAGCGGUUGCAUGAAACACCAGACGUCGAUGCACUCUCGCGUCUCGGUCUCUCCUUCGACGGAGACGUCCCCAGAACGGCUUCUUCGCAGGACGCCGGUGGAGACGCUUAUCUGAAUCAGGUAAUUAGUCGAGAGGCAGCUCAACCUCUGCUUCCUCCGCGCUGUUUUAAUCGCGGCCAGGGCGCUGUGGCACCGCGUGAGGCUCCAGCUGUGAGUAAACCGUCUCCUUCGUUUCCUGGAUGGGAUAGCACGCGGGAAGACAGGAAAGAAACCGGAGGUCAGAAGGCGGGCAGGGGAACAUCCGCAGGAAAGGAGCCCGACGUUAAUGUGACGGAGAGCGAAAAGGAGAAAACGGCAACAUCAACAAGGUCGCUGGAGGAACAGCAGAGAGAACUUCGACAGAAGCUAGAGAAGUCGCUAUCGAGGUAUCUCGCACUCCAAGAAGAGGAUGCAGAAACUUGCUCCGGCCCAGGGAGAAGGGGAAGACGAAGGAAGAGAAACGAGGGAGCAGACGGCGAAGAGACACGCGAAGAAGAGGCACUUUCUGUGAGGGACGUAGCGCUCAUUGGAUGCGUCGAGAAAAUUAGCCACUGCAAACUGCGAACUGUUAAGCGAGGAAAGCCAUUGAUGAUUUCCACCGCAGUCGCUCGGGACGUUUUUUUCUCGCCCUCCUUGCGAGCUCAGAAAGAAGACGAGGGGGAAGGUGUUCCUGCAGGACGACGAAACAAGGGGGAAAAAACCACACAAGAAGCCCGAAACUCGGCCGGCCAGUCGGUCUCAGGAGGGACGGGAGACACUGGAACAGCCAAGUCAGACAGGCGAACAGCAAAUGACAGACUGCAGGAGAGAAGCACUGGCGGGAAGCGGAGAAGACAAGACGAGGAAGGCCGAAUAUAUGUCACUUGGUUCGACAAGUUCUUCCAGCUUGUUAAGCUGAAAAAGCGGCACGUUGUCUGCCUUGUGGGAAAGGCCGUUCGGACGAAGACGGGACGACUCCAAAUGAAAAAUCCGACAGUUCAUUUUCUUGCUCCAUCAGAGGAGACAUUCUUCUUCCACGCAGUCAAAGAGUUUUUGCCUGACGUUUCCAGCGCUCCGUGCGUCUUAGGAGACGAGGAAAACGGAAGUCAGCGUGGCAAGGAAGGUGUACACCAAAGGAGUGGAACCGUUCCGAAUAAACACGAGGCCGCAUCUGCGUUUCAGUCUUGUACACGAAUUGCAUGGCCUGACCAACAGUCUGUGCCCUCCGCUGUUGCUUCUUUCUCUUCUGCUGCCUCGCCGUCGUCCUCCCCUCCUUCUUCCCCUGAAAACUACCUACCCUCUCUUCCAUCCUGUUUUUCGGACACCAAGGACGAACAACCUUCCCUCUCUCUCCACGCAUUCCGCUCGCCUUGUGGAACACCCGGUGCACCAGAGAUGGUUCGGUUCCCACCGCCAGAGGAAGCGUCAGUAGAGAUACGAGAAGGACCGCGAAACGAUGCAUGCGCGACGCGUGCAGGAGCGGGCUUCACCUCCCAGGACAAGACUGCACUUCCUGCGGGUCCCGAUAUAAGGACACAGACCAAUUCUGAGCAUGUCCACGUCCACAAGCUCAUGCCCAUCUAUCCGUCGAUUUCUGGCGUCCCCGCCAAGAUUCUUCGGGCAGGCAUCGAGACGCUUCUCCGCGAAAACAGCUUCGCGGAAGUCGUGCCGGAAUUCCUGAGGAAAAAGCGAGGCAUUGAGAGAUUGGACACGACGCUGCGAGCGCUUCACCAUCCGCAGACGUUGGAAGAUGUGCGAAAGGCGAGACGAGACCUUUUCUACUCCACGAUGCUGUGGCUCCAGUUGGCGAAGAAGCUGCGCACGCGCGAGGUCGAAUCACAGUUCCGCGGCUACGCCAGUCGAACGGGAGAAGAGAUCCUACAAGCCUUCUACGCCUCUCUCAAUUUUUCGCUCACGCCCUCGCAACUGCAGGCGAUCGAGGAGAUCCGGGCUGACAUGGAAAGCCCCCGACCCAUGCGGCGUCUUCUCCAGGGAGAUGUGGGGAGCGGGAAAACGGCUGUGGCUGCAGUGGCGCUUCUCCUCUCGGCGAGCGCGGGGCACCAAGCGGCCCUCCUUGCCCCGACUGCUGCCCUAGCUCGCCAACACCAGAUCAAUCUCCAGAAAUUUCUCGGGCCUCUCGGCUUUCACGUGCACCUGCUGGUGAGUGACAUCCCCGACAAGGACGCUACGAUUCGCCUCAUCAACACGGGAAACGCGGAGAUCACGGUCGGCACACACGCCCUUCUUCAGGACUAUGUUCUGUUCCCUCGCCUCGGCCUCGUUGUUAUCGACGAGCAGCACAAGUUCGGCGUCAAUCAGCGAUGGAAGCUCCUUCUCAAGAGGCACAGACACGAGGAGAUCAUCGGCGGGUCGUCCUCGAAGUUUUGCGAGCCCGAGCAAGCAGAGGCUGCUGUUGCCACGGAUGCAGGGAGAGAAAAGGGGAAGCGAUACCGUCAUAAAGAAACAGAUGGUGAAUCAAUAAGUAACGGACACCCCGAAGAAGAAACAACGCAGGGACGAGAGAACGACUCUACGGUACAAGAGCACAUGAGGAAAGGAACAUCAAAACGAUAUCAGCGAACGCCAGACGCGGUGUGGACCGCUGUUCACGGACGCGGAACAGGCAGCCAUGAGAAGACGGUCGAGCUCGACAAGGGUGGAGAACGACAGCACCAGGGUAUCGACUUCCCAGGAGGCGAAGAAGGGGGACGGAUGGCCGACGUUCUCCUCAUGACUGCCACUCCGAUCCCGCGAACACAAGUCCUUUUGAAAUACGGGGACCUCAAACUGUCCAAAAUUCUCGCUUCGGAAAUCCGACAUUCGCGAGGCAUGGGCAGGUGGGCAGGAGAACAGGAAGGCACCGAUGAAAGGGCCACUGCCGCUUUCAGAGGCAAACCCUGGCGAGGAGUGGGCGAGCAAGGCAGACCGAAGGGCAGCGGCGUGGAGCCGAGACAGCGAGGGGUGGCGACAUACCUGAUCGACAAGGGGAGCCAAGGGGAAAUGGCAGAGAUGAUGAAGAUCAUUAAGAAAGAAAUUUCGAAGAAGCGGCAAGUUUUUUGGGUCUGUCCGCUUGUUGACGGCGUCAGGGACGCGAGUAGGCGAAGAGGAAAGUCCAGCCGACGGAAGAAAGGGAUAUCGGGACGUCUCGGCUCGGUGGAGACAGGAGACAGGCAGCCAGCGGGAAAUGAGGUGCAGAUGGACACAAGAAACGAGGAAGGAGCGAAAAGUGAGAAAGGAGGACCAGAGGAAGAAGAUACGAAAGACAAAGGCGGAGAGAUCUGGAACAAGCUCGAGGCGACACAGGGACAAAAUGAUAGUAAGGAAAGUGCAGCCGUCCAGCGGUUUGAGGAGCUCCGGAAGCUGCUUCCAGAAAUACGGAUCCGUCUUCUUCACGGGAGGAUGAAAGCCGAAGAGAAAAAUGAAGUUCUUUCCGAGUUGCGAGGAGGAACUGUAGAUCUUCUUGUCGCAACCACUGUUGUCGAGGUCGGAAUUGAUGUUCCCAACGCUUCCGUUAUCGUCAUAGACAGCGCUGAGAGGUUUGGAUUGACUCAGCUCCAUCAACUCCGUGGGCGAGUUGGACGGGAUGCCCGACAUCCGUCUUUCUGUUUCAUCAUCUUAGACCCUUUAAAAAAGAAUCUCGACGAGAAGGCAAUGCACCGAUUCGCAGCCAUCGCGGCGACGACGGAUGGCUUUCAGCUUGCCGAAACAGAUGCUCGGUUGAGAGGCGGAGGGACGCUGUUCGGUCGGCAGCAGCACGGACAAAGCGACCUGUGGAUGAUCCACGGCUUGAAGCGGAGCGAGCAAACAAGACUCCUAGAAGCAGCCACUGAAGAUUCAGAUCAUAUUGUUGAGCUCCUAGACGGUGACGAGGCCAAUUCAAGAUAUGAGGUGGGGCUGGUUGCUGAGAGCGAGCACCUCUUUUCUGCAGGCGAAAGGGGCGGCCAGCGGAACCAUAUCCGGACAAUGUAUGACACACCGAAAUCUCUCGAGGCUCAAAGGGUGGACGAGAACAGCAGCAGCGUCAGCCGUUUCCGCGAUGAACAUGGAAGACAUGAAGAUACGGCUGCUGCGCAGGUGGGCGUUGAACCCCGUGAAUCGGACGAUAUGGACGCUUUCAGUAAUCCUAACUGCAUAUCUGAUCCGUGCGUGAAGGAUGCGAACAAAAACGACCACCUACCUGCAUGCACACCGGCGAACUGCGAGAACGAUAAGGGGAAUGCAUCAGACAGUUCCUUCUCCGAGCACAGUACGGCAUCCCACAAAAACUGGGAAGGAGGCGUUUCAUUGAGAAACGGUUAUCCUGAUGCCAGUGAAGAUCAAGAAUGGGGACACACGUUUAAUCAAAACGGCGCAGGCAAGGACGCUGGAGGUAACUUCCCUGAAGUUCGUGUCCGGAAAGAAUCGACGAUUGGACAGGAGAAGUCUUUUUCGGCGGAGGAAAUUAUAAGAGAGGCUCGACAGCUGGUGGAGGAAGUGCGACUGCUCAUUCCACCCAAGAAGAUAGACUGGUUGUUUAGAGUUUAGCAUUUUGAAACGUGAGCGAGUAGACAGGGAGUCUGCGCAUAGAACUGGGCAUUCGUCCUGACCACUGUUGCAUGUGGGACGAAUCAUCAGAGUAUCGGAAAUGUUGAUUUGAUAAUUUGCAUCUCCUCAACAUAGCUGCAAAAUAGAAUGCACGUUCUAUAAUAACGUGCUGCUCUAUCUACAUAUCAGGCUGUAGAGAGUCAACAACUUCCUUAGCUACCUAUCUAUCGGUAUGCUUAUCAACCUACCUACCCAGCACAUGAUGUUUGUGCCUGAGAGUCCUCUACUUGUGUCCACAUUUGCGGUUCCCCCCGUAAUUAUUGUUUCUCUCGUAUGCAGAGACUAGACUUAUAUGCAUCAUUCACCUUCGACAACGGCUGGGUAUACAUGUCUGGUUGUCGCAGCACACGCUGCCACAGAGGAGGUUAGAAGGAAGUCGACACCGGUCCUAUUAUGUACUCGCCACCGAGCCAAUGCGGUGCCGUACGUCGGAGCAAUAAACAACGUAACCAUAAUGAAUACGUAUGUAUAGGGAGGUCACUAUAUACAUAUGGGACCUCUCCGAACGUCGUACAAGGAGCACAGCCAUGCACACCAACGCGCAAGUAGCUAUACUUUGAUGCUAGUUGCUGCAUUCGCAUUGUGUCGUUUAUGCUUUCAUGCGCAAAAAUGGAAGCAAGAAUCAUGCCGAAUGCCUGGUUCUAAGUGGACUGAAUGCAAAUUUUGGCAAGUUUUACAUCAUUCCAGAGCCCUUCGUUAUGGACGGGGCUCCUGUUCGGGCUGCUGGGUUACGUGACUCUGUCAGCUUUGGGUUAAUGUAACUAGAUGAAUAACGAUCGUACACAUUUGGUGGGUGGGUAGGCUGCUGAUGGUUAUUUUCAGCGAUUAAAACACCACUAGCGAACUCUUCUGGGUACGCACCUACCAGGCACCUGCCGACCACUCUUCACAUGCCAUUUAUCUAAAACUUUUUAAAAUAGAAUUAUCUUUGAAUAUGAGGAUCGACAUCGACAAGCUCUUGUCAGCUUUUGAUGAGGGGAAAUUGUGACUGGCGAUUAUCCCGGAUAACGCAAUUCGAUAAAUCUACGGUCUAAACAUGUGCACCGCCUGUCCGUGUAACCAGCAAACCUCAAUG